GAGCUUUUUUUUCACCCAUUUACCUGUUAAUAACCCAAUUCUUCUCAUGUUUUUUUGUUUCUUCUACAAAGCAGACUCUACUCUCUAUAUCUAUAUUCAAGUAUAUAUAAUCUCUCAUAAUUCCGAAGCGCACUCUGUGAAAUCAACCAAUUUAAUUGUGUGUCUCCUCCGGAUCUUUCUCUCUUCUGGAGGCACAUUCAGUGUUAGAUCUACCAAACGCUCUUCUUCGAUGCCUCUGCCUUCAAUUCCAUCCCCCAAAUAACCCUAGAAAGGAAAAAAAGAAAAGAUAUUUCGAAUUAUAAAUCGAAGAUUUAAUUUUCGAAUAUAAAUCGAAGCCCUAAACCCAAAAUUCAAGAUGGAGCAGUUGAAGACAAUCGGUCGGGAGCUAGCAAUGGGCUCCCAAGGCGGGUUCGGGCAGUCCAAAGAGUUUCUCGACCUGGUGAAAUCGAUCGGCGAGGCACGAUCCAAAGCCGAAGAGGAUCGGAUCGUCCUCCACGAGAUCGAGACACUGAAGCGCCGAAUCACCGAGCCGGAAAUCCCCAAGAGGAAGAUGAAAGAGUACAUCAUUCGCCUCGUUUACAUCGAGAUGCUCGGCCACGAUGCGUCAUUCGGGUACAUCCACGCCGUGAAGAUGACCCACGACGACUCACUGUUGUUGAAACGAACUGGGUACUUGGCCGUCACGCUUUUUCUGAAUGAAGAUCACGAUCUAAUUAUACUGAUUGUGAAUACGAUUCAGAAGGACUUGAAAUCGGACAAUUACUUGGUGGUUUGUGCCGCGUUGAAUGCGGUGUGUAAGUUGAUUAAUGAGGAGACAAUUCCGGCAGUUCUUCCACAGGUGGUGGAGCUUUUGGGGCACUCCAAAGAGGCAGUUCGGAAGAAGGCAGUUAUGGCACUUCAUCGGUUUUAUCAGCGGUCACCGUCUUCCGUCAACCAUCUCGUCUCCAAUUUCAGAAAGAGGCUUUGUGAUAAUGAUCCCGGGGUUAUGGGUGCAACACUGUGCCCUCUUUUUGAUCUUAUCACCAUAGAUGUUAAUUCUUAUAAGGAUUUGGUCAUCAGUUUUGUCAGCAUUCUGAAGCAAGUAGCUGAGCGCAGAUUGCCAAAGAGUUAUGAUUACCAUCAGAUGCCUGCUCCAUUUAUUCAAAUCAAGUUGCUGAAAAUUUUGGCCUUACUGGGCAGUGGUGACAAGCAGGCAAGUGAAAAUAUGUAUACCAUUGUGGGUGACAUAAUGAGAAAAUGUGAUACGUCAAGUAACAUUGGAAAUGCAGUUCUUUAUGAAUGCAUAUGUUGUGUUUCCUCUAUAAACCCUAAUCCUAAGUUAUUAGAAGCUGCAGCUGAUGCAAUUUCCAAAUUUUUAAAGAGUGAUAGUCAUAAUUUAAGAUACAUGGGCAUUGAUGCCCUUGGUCGACUGAUAAAGAUAAGUCCUGAAAUCGCUGAACAACACCAACUGGCUGUGAUUGAUUGCUUGGAGGACCCAGAUGAUACUCUAAAGCGAAAAACCUUUGAGUUGCUGUACAAAAUGACGAAGUCUUCCAAUGUGGAAGUAAUUGUGGACCGUAUGAUCGAUUACAUGAUAAGCAUUAAUGAUAAUCAUUACAAAACAGAAAUAGCAUCCAGAUGUGUUGAACUUGCAGAGCAAUUUGCACCAAGCAACCAUUGGUUUAUCCAGACUAUGAAUAAAGUAUUCGAGCAUGCGGGGGAUCUAGUGAACAUUAAGGUGGCACAUAACUUGAUGCGGUUGAUUGCUGAAGGGUUUGGAGAGGACGAUGAUACUGCAGAUAGUCAACUGAGAUCAUCUGCUGUGGAGUCAUAUUUGCGUCUAAUUGGAGAGCCGAAACUUCCAUCUGCAUUCCUUCAAGUCAUUUGCUGGGUGUUGGGGGAGUAUGGAACUGCAGAUGGGAAGUAUUCUGCAUCCUAUAUCACUGAGAGGUUAUGCGAUGUGGCAGAGGCUUAUUCAAGUGAUGACACUGUCAAGGCGUAUGGAGUGACAGCACUUAUGAAAUUAUAUGCUUUUGAAAUAGCAGCUGGGAGAAAAGUGGACAUUCUACCUGAGUGUCAAUCCUUGAUUGAAGAACUAUCAGCAUCCCAUUCAACAGAUUUGCAGCAACGUGCAUAUGAACUUCAAGCAGUCAUCUGCUUAGAUGCUCAUGCUGUUGAGAGUAUAAUGCCAUCAGAUGCAAGUUGUGAAGACAUUGAGAUUGAUAAAAGCCUAUCAUUUCUCAACAGUUAUGUACAACAGUCGCUGGAAAAUGGGGCUCAACCCUAUAUCCCUGAGAAUGAGCGUUCUGGAGUAUUAAAUAUGAGCAACUUUAGAAACCAAGAUCAGCACGAAACUUCAACACAUGCUCUUAGAUUUGAGGCCUAUGAGCUCCCAAAACAUUCUGCGCCAUUAACAAUUCCUCUUGCUGCACCAGCAUUCUCAACUGAGCUUGUUCCAGUACCUGAACCAUCUUACCCUAAGGAAAUCCACCAAACUGCAUCACUGCCAUCUGUAUCUGAUACCGGACCUUCAGAACUCAAGCUACGACUUGAUGGGGUUCAAAAGAAGUGGGGUAGGCCAACUUACUCUACUGCACCAUCUGUGUCGAACUCUAAUUCCCAAAGGCCUGUUAAUGGAGUAACACAGCCUGAUGGAUCGGGCAGUGGACACUCAAAAGUGCCUGAUGUCUCUUACGAUUCAAGAAGGCCGCCCCAAGUUGAAAUUUCUCAUGAAAAGCAAAAGCUUGCUGCUUCCUUAUUUGGGGGUCAAUCAAAACCUGAGAAAAGACCAUCUUCUAAGGUUUCAAGGACAAGCAGCCAGGCAACAGAUAAGUCCCAUGCGACAAAGGGAGUGGCUUUAUCUUCUGAAUCGGUUGCAGAGAAGACAAAUCUUCAACCACCUCCGGAUUUGCUUGACUUGGGUGAACCAACUGUUACAAGUAGUACUCCAUCUGUGGAUCCAUUCAAGCAAUUGGAAGGGCUUCUUGACUCAUCACAAGAUGCUUCUACUCCAAAUCAUGGUUCGGUAGAUGCUACUAAAGCACAAGAUUUUCUGUCACUGUAUGGAGAGAUGCCUCCAAGCGGGCAGAGUGGUAAUGUUGCAAAUCCUAUUUCAACGGAUGAGGUUAAUUUCAUGUCUGGGUUGCCAAAUGUAACCAGCAGAAGUGCCACGGAAGGAAAUACAACUGUGCACUCAACACAACCGAACAAAGGACCCAAUCUGAAAGAUGCCUUGGAAAAGGAUGCACUUGUGAGGCAGAUGGGUGUGACACCAACAAACCAAAAUCCAAACUUGUUCAGCGAUUUGCUUGGAUAAUAUUUUUAUUGAGUUGGUCAUGCUGCAAUGAUACCAUUCUCUGAGCAUAAUUGCUGUGUUAUUCAGGCAAGAUAUUUUCUUGCACAUUUUACUGCUUAUGGUGCAGUUAUUUGAUGAUAGAAAUUACAAGUGACAGAGAACAGUUCCCAAAGCAUCCAGAACAGAGUGUUUAACCUCUAGGGGUGGUGCUGAAGCCAGGAACAGCUCUAUGUAGUUGUUGCAGGAUGGUAUGGUACUUGUAGAAUAGAAUGAGUUCGGAGUAUAAUGCUCCCCUGAGCAAUAAGUGGAGACUUUGUGCAUGUAUACUGCCUUUUAGAUUUUGGAGGACGAGGGGGACCAUACAUACGGCGCAAUCAUUCUCGUGUUGUUAUAAUAAUGGUGUACUAGAGAGAUUUUCCGUUUAGGUUUCUGUAUUUAUUUGGACUUAAUUCUCUACGCCCAUUUUCGGUGAAAAAUGUACGUUUCUCCGUUUUUUUGUUGAAAGGUUGAGUUUGCCUAAUGGGAACAAAUUCAUCUGGUUUGAUAUAUUAUUCUCAUGCUCUUCAGCAAGGUCUAAAUAUACCGAGGAUUCAUAUUUA